ACCAAUUAGAUCACAUAAAAAUAUAAAAAUUACAGUCACUUUUAUUAUUAUUAUUAUUACUGGCUUCUCUUUAAAUUAGUACAGUUGUAAAAAAAAAAAUGACUCAACCAAAAGAACAAGAUGAACAAGAUGUAAUUGAAGAGUUUACAAGACAAAUUGAAGAAGUUGUUCAAAUUGAUUCUGACAAUGAAAGUACGAUCUCCUUUGGAUAUCAGCUAUUACCUCAAGACGAUGAUGAAGAAGAAGAAGAAAUGAAGGAGGCUAUGGAAAUAGAAUUAGAUCCUAAAGACGAAUUAGAUGCCAAAACGUGUGAUUUUAUUAAAUCAAUAAUGAGUCGAAUUGAAUUAAAGGAAGAAGCAAUUCCAGAUUGGGCCAAGACGAUACCAGAGUCAGCUUGGAUGCCUAAAAUAGUGAAGAAAUAAAAAGGUCUUGUUGCUUUACUGGGUCGUAUUUAAGGAGUCAUUUUCUGCUUACGUGUCUUUUUCUUUCUUUAAUGGAUAUAGGAUGCAUACAUUUUGAUUUUCCAUCCCACGAACAACACAUUAUAUCAUUUUAUUAUGAGUUCUCAUUCAUCACUUUUUGUUAAUAGUAUAAACAUAUUAAAGUUGCCUUUGCUUCAAGAGUUAAUAUGACUUUUUAUAAAUAAAGUGAUUAUUAUUUGAUUGUUCUUCAAAAGACUGCCAUUUUUUCUUUUUCCUUUUUUUUCU